AUGGUUGGUUCGUGUGGUCGAUUUGCUGGAACCGGGAACCCACUGGGACGAGCAGGAUCCGAGUGGUGGGAGCCGCAGCCAUCCGCAGGCAGAGUCCACCGGGAAGCAGAAGCCAAGGGAGAGGGCCAGAUGGAGGAGGAUCGUGUGUCUCUGUCUCGAUGCUUCGGUCCUCGCUGUGACUCCGCCAUUGGGGACAGUCGUAAACUGACAGGGUGA